UAAAUAAUGAAGAAAAUUUGAUGUGAGAAUCUUGUGGCUGCUGUGGUUGUAGUUGAGUUGCCAAUUCAUUAAUAUAAUUUCCUUCAUUAUUUAAGCAAAUGUACAGUACACGAGGUGCUGAAGCUUUCAGUGUAAAUAUUACUGUCCCUAAACUUAAAUAAUACAUCUGUGUAGUAUGUAAUUUUAAUGGAUUAUUAUGUGCUCCACAUAUGAAUAAUUAUAAUGAACGUUUUUAUUUCCAAAUCGGGUGUGCCCGAGAAAAUAUCUUGGAGGCGGCGAGAAGCGCUCAGGUGACGACCAAGAUGGGGGGCUGGGUAUACCUCUACGGUGUUGGUAGAAAUAGAAGGCAGAUUUACAGCCAAGAAGUACAGUAUAUAGAGAUCUUGGAGGAAGUAAUGCUGUCAUCUGGUAGAACACAUAUGCUCUUCCUUAGACAGAGUGAGUCCUCUUCAUGUCCAAUACACACAGCCAGGGUAGUAACUCGCUGGUUUAAAGAUCAAAGAAAUAUGAAUCUUCUCGUCUGGCCGAGUAAAUCUUGCGAUCUGAACCCAGUUGAAAAUGUUUGGGCGAACAUCGUCAGCGUGUGGGCGCCAGAGCAAGAACGAACCUCUCUCCAGAUAAUACAACAUUUGCAAAGAGAAUGGGAGGUGUUCCAAAGGAAACCUGAACUUAUUUACAGGCACGUGGUGUCAGUUCCUGGACGACUGCAAGAGAUUAUAUACCAAACAUUGAGAAGGGCCGGCUCCACUAUUGGUCUCACACAGGGAAGUCUGGAGUUCCCAUUGAAUAUGAUGGCGUUCCCUUCAUGCACGUGGGCCGCUGGGUGCUCAUGUGUCACCAGGGACAAGACACAAACAAACGCCAUAAAGAAAAGUACCAGAUACGUAAACACAGAGAACAAGUAGAGAGUGGAGUGGCACCCAAGAGCAGGAAUCGUUCUCAGGUUACCAAGAAAGUGAAUUGUCCAGCAGAAAUUUACGUUACUCACAUCAUGAAGUUUCCACAACACAAGGUACCUAAUGCUUUAUUGGCAAUUAAUUCAUUGCCAACUGAUCAUAUGAAGAAGUUAGCCAAAAGGAAAAUUAUCAACAGCUUCAGGCGUUAUGCAAAUAGAUUUGUGCGAGAGUCUUGGUACUAUGUGAGAUUACCUGAUCCUGUUGAACACGAAGGACAUCCUGUUUUAGGACUGGUGAAACCAGAACUAACAGCAUCCAACAUUCCUGUAGAGCCAGAGUGUACUAUUGAACUUCAAAGUAAGGGCGGAGAACCUGCAGAAAUAAAAAAGAAAAGACAACCCAAAGGCACAAAAUUUCGGACGAAAGAGCCGGUGGAUCCUCGGGUGCUACACAAGAUGUAUGAACUAACACGUCAAGGUGUGUCAACAGUUAAGAUGAUGCAAGAGUGUAUAGCAGAGUAUGUGAGGGAGGAACUGUUUCCCUGUGGUGAACCUCCACCUAUCAUGUACCGCCGAUAUAAUCCCACAUCAUCAGAUAUUCAGAAUGCUAUGUAUAAGGUGAAGCAGGAGAUGCGCUUGGAAGGGAAGAGUAUCCUGCAGUACCGAUGUGCAGCACUAGUUCGAGAAAUUACUGAAUUAGUGGUUCAAACAGACAGUGAAGAAUAUCUGAACCAGCUUGAAGAACAGCUGAGAAGUAUAUAUGAUGCUGUAAGAAACACUGUUCCAGUCCAGGAGUUUCAGUUCAGACCAGAUCCAGAGGCUGAAAAGGCAAAGCAGGUCCUGAAUGGUGGCCCAUUUGAAGCAACCAUAUCUAUAGGCCUAGAUGGGGUAACAAAGUCUAAACGAGGCAGAAGACGCAAACACAUAGAACAACAGGCUGAGCUGAAUGCUGCAACUUAUCAUUUAAAAUUAGAAAAUCAACAACUACAAACAAAUGAUCAGCAGAUGGAACUUGACGGUGUACUGGAACAUCAUCAGGUUCACGAAAUAAUUCACCAGGAGGACGGCACUGUCACGCAGGUCUAUUAUUAUCAACCGGUGGAUCAGUUUGACCAUUAUAUUGAAGCUGAAAACCCGGAGCAGCAGCAGCAGCACCCGUACCAGAAGGAUGCCAUCAUUAUCCAGCCUCAGAACAUCAAGACAGAACCACCAGCAAAUGAUAAUCUUUAGACAUGAUUUAAUCUUUUGUUUUUGAUUGACACGGUACAGCAUUCCAUAUUGUAUAUUUGUCUGUAAUGAAUAUCUAACAUGUGAAAAUGAAAAUAAGAAAAUAUAGAACAUUUUAUACUGUAGUUCCCGGCACUUGGCCAUUGACGUGUUCUUCCCUGACCUUGAUGGGACUUUUAGCCAGGAUUUGACACCAUCUGCCACUUGCGUGAAAUGCUUAGUUUUUAUUUUUUAAUUAGUUUAAAGAAGAAUACAGUCCCCAACUUAUGACAGGGAUACGUUCCUGAACUCUGAUCGUAAGUCUAUUUGUUGGUAAGUCUGAGCAGUGUUAAUUCACAACCCUGCCCAUGCAAUAAUAUCUCAGACACAAUAAAGUGGCACUAAACAAUAUAGAAUAAUUGAUAUAAUGUAAAAUGGGAUUUUAAUUCAAACAAAUUAGAUCAGUGUAUUGGGAUCCCGUUGGUGGAUGAUCAUAAGUCAGACGGUCGGGGACUGCCUGCGUGAUAUUACUGUACUAUAGUAUUACUGUGCUAUAGUUUCAUCAUUAUCAUUUUUACUCCAAUUAACAAUUCACACAAGCAGUUUCACUUUCAUUUCAUGGAGAGCAUUAACCCUUUACAAAAAUUUUGAGAUUUGUUUAAAUUAAUGCUUGACAUCCAACCUUUUCAAGUGGGGCACAUCACUCCAGAACAACACAGUUUGUUGUGUAAUACCAAGGUGUGCAUGAAGGUAUGCAUUUUAUUUUAUACAAGAGAAUUAAGAAAUGAAACUGGUGACAAAAAAAAGAUAGAUGAAUGUAGUAAAAAGGAAGAACUAUACUUAUAGGCCUUCAAACAAUUUUGGUUUCUGUUUUACUAAAUCUAUCUUUCCUUACUUAGUUUUCCUCUUUGUCCUUCUUUAUUUUCCCUUUACCUCUUUUCUUUUUGUAUUAAGAUAUUUUUUGUUGCUUGUCUGUUCUCAUUCAUCCUUCCUCGUCAAGAUAUAAUUUCUUCUUUUAUGUGGUCACCACUCUGGUGCUGUCUUCAUAUCUGGAUUAUUAUUUAUUACCUUCGUUACCAAAGAGUUUGCUCAACUGUUAAAAUCUUAAUGAGACAAAUGAUCAUUUGAUCAUUUAUAGUGUAAGAUAAAGUUUGUGCCUGAGGAACAUUGUUUUGUGCAUACUGUAGUAAUUGAUAUUUAUUUUUUAUACCUAUAGUGAGGGAUGAAAUAGUACGGUAUGUAUCAUCAAUGUUAAUUAUUUGACAUUUGAAAUGUUUUAGUUUCAAAGAUAUUGACUGAGAAAAGGGAGGCUCUGUAUUCCUUAUAUUAAGGGAGAAAAGCUUUAUUAUGAAAAAUAAAUGGAUUUAGUGAUAUGUCUAUGAAAGGAAAUUUAUUAUUUGUUACAAAUGGCUUAUUGUGAGUUGUAUUAAAAUUUAUAUGAUAAUG